AUGACCUGAUCCAGCUGAGCGCCAUGUGCUGGAUGAGGGAGUUCAUCCAGCUGGCGGGCCGGGUGAUGCUGCCUUACUCCUCAGGGAUCUUGACCGCUGUCCUGCCGUGUCUCUCCUACGAUGAUCGCAAGAAGAACAUCAAGGAGGUGGCGAACGUGUGCAACCAGAGCCUGAUGAAGCUGGUCAUCCCAGAGGACGAUGAAAUGGAUGAGGCCUAGCAGUCGAUGACCCUACUGGCAGAGCCCACCUCGGAGGAGGCCCUCUCCAAGCCGGAGGCAGCAUCCAGCGGCUCUCUGGAAGUGUCUGGUGACUCCACCUUCAGCAGCAGCAGUGUCUUCACCAUAACCAGCUCCGAGAGGAUCCAGGUGACCCUGAACCUGGAUGGAAUAGUUCAGGUGCUGGACUGCCACCUUCAUGACACGUCCAUUGGGAUGAUGACCAGAAUUGCAGUCCUGAAAUGGCUCUACCACUUGUACAUCAAGACUCCUCGUAAGAUGUUCCGACACACCGAUAGCCUCUUCCCCAUCUUGCUGCGGACCCUCUCAGACGAGUCAGAUGAGGUUAUCCUGAAGGACCUGGAAGUGCUGGCCGAGAUCGCUUCUUCCCCGGCGGGACAGACGGAGGGUCACGGUCCCUCCGACAGCUCCGAUGCGCAGCCCGGCCCCCUGGAGCUUCACGUCCCGGCCAGGGCCGGCCAGCUGAGCAACUCGGGUACAAAAGGCUUGGAGUGCUCGCCCUCCACCCCCACCAUGAACUCCUACUUCUACAAGUUCAUGAUCAACCUCCUCAAGCGCUUCAGCAGCGAACGGAAGCUCCUGGAGAUGAGAGGAGCCUUCAUCAUCAGGCAGCUUUGUCUACUUCUGAACGCAGAAAACAUCUUCCACUCCAUGGCAGACAUACUGCUUCGGGAAGAGGACCUCAAGUUCGCCUCGACCAUGGUCCACACCCUGAACACCAUCCUGCUGACGUCCUCCGAGCUCUUCCAGCUGAGGAACCAACUGAAGGACCUGAAGACGCCGGAAAGCCGUAACCUCUUCUGCUGCCUGUACCGGUCCUGGUGUCACAACCCCGUGACAACCGUGUCCCUCUGCUUCCUCACCCAGAACUACAAGCACGCCUACGACCUCAUCCAGAAAUUCGGGGAUCUGGAGGUCACCGUGGAUUUCCUCACCGAGGUGGACAAGCUGGUGCAGCUCAUCGAGUGCCCCAUAUUCACGUAUCUCCGCCUGCAGCUGCUGGACGUGAAGAACAACCCCUACCUGAUCAAGGCUCUCUACGGCCUCCUGAUGCUGCUGCCCCAGAGCAGCGCCUUCCAGCUCCUCUCCCACCGCCUGCAGUGCGUGCCCAACCCCGAGCUCAUGCAGACCGCGGAUGGCACCAAACCCAGUGGCAGCUUCAAGAGGACGUCAGCCUCCAACAUCGACUACACGGACCUGCUGCAGCACUUCGAGAAGGUCCAACACAAACACCUGGAAGCUCGGCACCAGCGAGCCCGGCGCGCAAAGCAGUACCGGAACCCCAUAUAUAUCAGCCCUGUAUCUGACACCAGGUACUGGACCCCCAUGUCGGGUACUGGAGCCCGGUAUCAGCCCCAUAGCUGUCACCGGGUACCAGAGCCCCAGAUCAGCCCCAUAGCCAUCACUGGGUACCGGAGCCCCAUGUCGGGUACCGGAGCCCUGUAUCAGCCCUGUAUCCAUCAAUGGAGCUCCUACCCCAUCUGGGAGGACUUCAACUCGAAGGCCACCAAGCUGCACUCCCAGCUCAGGACCACGGUGCUGGCCGCGGUCGCCUUCCUGGAUGCCUUCCAGAAAGUGGCCGACAUGGCCACCAACACCCGAGGUGCCACGAGGGACAUCGGCUCGGCGCUGACGCGCAUGUGCAUGCGACACCGUAGCAUCGAGGCCAAGCUGCGGCAGUUCACCAAGUAA